ACAGCCAGACACCGCUUCCGGUGUCGCCACCUUCUUUGUCUCCGGCCCAACAUUUCGACACCAGGGGUUGUCUAUUUUUCCCUUAAGUUUUUAGGAUAUAUUUAUACAUAUAUCCUUAGUUUUCUAAUAUUGAAUGACAGUCGACUCUGAAAUAUUUAUGCCUAAAAGUAAAGCGCCAAAAAUGGAUGACCUGGACUACAUCCCCGUAGACCUGAGCCCAGAGGAGCGCUCUGAGCUGGAGGACAUCCGCAGGAGGAAGGGCAUCCUGCUGCAGGAGAUCCAGAGGCUCAGAGAGGAAUUAAGAGAGGCAAUUUUGGAGGUGGAGGGACUAGAGACCAGCACAGAGGGCAGUAAAACUCUUCAGAAAAGUAGGCAUGUGGCAAUGGGAAGAAAGAAAUUCAAUAUGGACCCAAAAAAGGGCAUUGUGUUUCUGGUGGAGAAUGAGCUGCUCAGACACACUUCAGAGGACAUUUCGCAGUUCCUCUACAAAGGAGAGGGCCUCAACAAGACUGCUAUAGGAGAUUACCUCGGAGAAAGAGACGACUUCAACAUCAAAGUUCUUCAGGCUUUCGUUGACCUCCAUGAGUUUACUGAUCUGAACCUCGUCCAGGCCCUCCGACAGUUCCUGUGGAGUUUCCGCUUGCCUGGUGAAGCGCAGAAAAUUGACAGAAUGAUGGAGGCCUUUGCUCAGAGAUACUGCCACUGCAACCCCGGUGUCUUCCAGAGUACCGACACGUGUUAUGUGCUGUCCUUCGCCAUCAUUAUGCUGAAUACAAGCCUCCAUAACCCGAAUGUGAGGGACAAACCCGGAGUGGAUCGUUUCAUCUCUAUGAACCGAGGCAUCAAUGAGGGAGGAGACCUGCCCGAAGACCUGCUCAGAAAUCUCUACGAAAGCAUUAAAAAUGAGCCCUUCAAGAUCCCAGAAGACGACGGCAAUGACCUGACGCACACCUUCUUUAACCCGGACAGAGAGGGCUGGCUGCUUAAACUUGGGGGACGAGUGAAAACCUGGAAACGGCGAUGGUUCAUUCUCACAGACAACUGCCUUUACUACUUUGAGUACACCACAGAUAAAGAGCCGCGAGGUAUCAUUCCGUUGGAAAACCUUAGCAUCCGUGAGGUUGAAGAUCCAAGAAAACCUAACUGUUUUGAGUUGUACAUCCCAAACAACCGUGGUCAGCUGAUCAAGGCGUGUAAGACGGAGGCCGACGGGAGAGUGGUGGAAGGAAACCACAAUGUGUAUCGUAUCUCCGCCCCCACACCCGAGGAGAAGGAUGAGUGGAUCCACAGCAUCAAAUCUGCUGUCAGUGUUGAUCCCUUCUAUGAAAUGCUCGCUGCCAGGAAGAAACGUAUAUCACUGAAGAAGAAGGAGGAACAACCAUAGAGUAUUCCCUUCAUUCUCUCCUGGUCUUCCUUUCUCCAUUCUCAUCCUCCUUCCAGCACUGGACACAGGUCUUCAUCCCUUCUCCGCACCACCCCGUCAUAAGUAUUGAUUUUCCGCUGCUUUCCUCCCGUCCCAAGAAUGCGUCCUUUCCCUGACACGAGGACUCCUCGCUGUCGUCUCUACUAGACUCUUGAAAGCUACAUGCAGGGCGCAGCGUUCACCCGCUACACAUCACACUGUGGCUGCCUCCUGCAAUCUUGUUUCUCACACUUGUGCUGUUAAUACACAACCCGACGCACUACAGCCCGUCGUCUCACCGCAUUCCUCACUCGUUCACCAUUUAAGUAAAGUGAGAUGUGUCGCGGGCCAUAUGCACACUACUGUGGGUGAUCUCAAAGGAACAUUUCGUCCAACUUGCCGACCCAAUGUGGACAAAUGAGCAAAUGCUGGGAUAAUGGAGGCUUUAAAAAUGUUAACAUUGUCCGGAUUUUAGGUCUUUAGGAAUUUAUUUCUGACAUCCGUAGUUAUUUCUAUCUUACUUUGUCAUUCAAAAUUGCUCCGUAAACCACAAAGAGAACUUUUAAAAACAGCUGAGAGUUGUUUAGCAGAAAUACGUAAUGCUCCUGGCUGAAGGGGUUUGUGCAUGCGUAAUAAUUUAACGGUACUUGUAAUGCACGACGGACCUUUUUAGACCCUCUGAAAAUGAAGCGUGGACUGAAGAUCCCCUGAAUGUAUCUUUCUGACAUCUGUCUGCAUUAGUGUGAAUAUGGUCUUAUUAACUGUGGCAGGCAGCUCAGUUCUUGUGAAGUCCUGAUGCUGCCUGUAAAGAACCUGCCUUGGUGGUGCUUACCCCCGAGAAAAAAUGUGACUGCACUAUUCAAACAACCACAACAACAUUUAUUUUAAAGAGGGCAAUCCGUUAAGUCAAAGUAGCAAACAAUUAAGGAUGUGCCCACUGCUUGCUACGGCACUCUUUAAGGCUUUGCCUCAAAUUGCUACUGUCUACACGUAGAUACAGUAGCCCUUGUGUGAGGGAAAUGUCGCUGUUCGUUACUGUUGGUCGUGUCUUCAGGCAGAAAGAGGGCUUCAUGUGCUGAAUUAUCACAGAUGGCUGUUCCUCCUCUUCCAAAAAAACUGCUUGUUUUCUGAGACAUGCAUAAAUACAUUUUAAUGCAUGUAUAUAUUUAUAUAUACAUGUUCCUCUUUAGCAUUUUUUGUACAUGUUUGAGCAAUAGCAGAGUAAACCCUGUAGUUCCAGUCUGUAGGCCUGUUUACAAACCCUUGGUAACACUAGACUGAGCAGCGAUCAUCAUGUGUCCUCUUGGAUGUUCAAGCAUGCCCUCAAAUCAUUUCCCUCUCGCCGACGAACAUUGACAUCUCUCUCACCAGUAAUGACUCCGUCAGACGUGUUGGGGUCUGUCCGCUAUGGAUUUUCAAGAAAUCACAAAGGCAGCUCAUUACAAUGUAUACUUUUUGUAAAUAGAUGUUAGCAUAUUUCUUUACGAUACACAUAGAAAUGAUUUAAUUUAUUCUUUUUAGUCUGAUUUUUGUACGAGCUACUGUAGGACGGCAUGCUGAUAGAUCGAGGUGUCGGUCGUAGGUACUGAUGCUUCGCUGAUCAUGCUAGUGCACUGAUUUUAAAAGUGUUAGUGUUCCCUGUUGACACGGAAGAGCUGCAUUUAAUAUGGAGGCUGGUUUAUGCACAGAGAACAUUGUUACAGUUAUAGUUUCAUUCUAAAACAAAACGAUAUUCAGGAAAUGUUUAGUCGUCUGAUUCAUCUGUGGCCCACCCUGUUGGUUUUCUGGGUAAACCAGCGCUGUAAAGCACAAGCAGUAAUGAGGGUCCCACUCACUGAAACGCGUCCAGUUUUACCUUCGUUUGUUGCAAAGUGCACACUUGAAGUGGGUGGAAGCUGUUUACCCAAACGGAAACGCUCCAUCAUGCCACAGUGAUGCAAAGGAAGAGACGUCAAAACAAGGAACACUAACAAAGCUUUGAUUCAUUAUGUAAUAGUACAGUUUUCAGAUGAAAGGAACGGAAACAGGUCUAGAGUUGUGUCCAGUGAUAGCUUUGCUUGACACAAACAAGUUUAAACUUAUUACUAGUAGUUUGUUGGAUUGAAACUUUAAAUUGGAGUGAAAAUACUUGUCUACUGCACUUUAUCAAUUUUAGCAUUUUGGAGAAAAUGCUGUUACUUGGACUCAAUGCUCCGUAUCAUCCUCUGCUGGCGACCUCACACACUGCAAUAUGAUGAAGGAUGAACCCUGAACUGUGUAGAAAUACUGCGUAGCGUCACCACCUGGUCAGUGCCAGCUCUCCCUUUCUUUUUAUUAAUGUGUACAGUAUUUGUUCACCUGAUCAUGUUGUUUGAAGUGGAAUGAGGUAUUUUAUCUCCGAUACGUAGACCUUGUUUUAAAUACACACUAAGUGAUUAGUCCUUCAGAUCAGUUACUGCCUUUCACACUAUGAUUUUAUCAAACUGACAUACAAGGCCCGACUAUACCUGCGUGUUGGUGCCUCCACACUAAACACGGCCUUCACCUUCUGGGUAUUAUUUAAGUUCAAAGUUUCCAAAAAUGAAAUGUUGGGCUUACAAAUAUUGCCAUUAAAUGUUUAACACUAAAAUGAUCAAAUCGAAACUGGGUCUCCUUUUUUGAUUCCACCCAUUACAGAAAAUGUGUUAAUUUUUGUAUUUAUUUAUUUUUAUUUACUGUGAGGUGAAGAUGAUAGAUCAUCUGUAAAUGUAGCAAAAUGAAAAUGACACACCGGUGCCAGUGAACUACUAUGUAACAAAUAAAUGAAUGGUGAACAGAGAAGAUGGAU